UUUUGGCUGCCAUGAAAAUCCCUCCAAAAAAACCUCAUUUUUUCAAACCUAUUCAACCAGGUUUCAAGAAUGGUCUUAAAAUUCCUAUAGGUUUCUUGAAGUAUUUGAAGGGAAAUGACAAUGUUGAACAUGCAAUAUUGAAAAGGGGUGGCUAUAAGUGGCCUAUGAAGGUGAAUGGACAUCGAUUCGAAGCGGGUUGGGUUGAAUUUGUAGAACAACAUGGUUUGAAAUUGGGAGAUAUAUUGAUGUUUAGACAUGAAGGAAACAUGGAAUUUGAGGUCUCCAUAUUUGAUUCAACUCAUUGUGAUAGAGAAUAUGUAGAGUAUAUGGAGGAAGGAGGAGGAGGAGGAGGAGGAGGAGAUCAUACAAGUGAAGAGAUUUCCAAGAAAUUUAAAUUCAAAGAGGAUGCAACAGAAAGACCACGGCGCAAGAUCAAGUCAUCAAAAAAGGCUUCUUCCCAUGUAAAAGCUGCUACUCAUCACAAGUCUUUUGGUCAUUCUCAAAUUGAAUGCACUAUUAGAGAAUAUUGCUUGUCGCGAGGUUAUUUGCACCUUCCUCGACAAUUCGCAUAUGCAAAUGGCCUCACCAAUAAGAAGUGUGAUUUGAUUAUAAGAGAUGAAAAACAAAGGUCGUCGUGGAAUGUAAAGCUAAGUUCUUCUAAAACUCGAACCUCUAUCAUUGGAUGUGGGCGGACCAAAUUCUUUGCUGAUAAUUGCUUAAAGAAGGGAGAUUGCAUAAUGUUUGAGGUCGUUACUAAUGGAGAAACACCAAUAUGGAAAUUUCAAGUUACUUAUCGAGAAGUUCCAUUGCAGAAGUUUCAAGGCAAGUUUUCUCAUGUAACCAAUCUCUUAAUUAAGUCUUUGAUGAUGAUCUUUUUCAUUGUCAUAUAUGUGUAUUAUUCUGUGUUGUUUAUAUAA